AUGGCCUCGCACCACCUCGCCAGCCCCCCUGCCGCCGCCGCUGCAGCAACCUCCGCGACCACCGUCUCCAGGGCUCUCUUCAAGCAUGCCUACGCUAAACCCUCUUGCUCCCUUCUCCACGCCCCGCUCCUCCGCGCCGCCCGGCCCGCGCUCCUCUCCGCCGCCGCCGCCGCGGUCUCCACUACGGCCGUCCCCGCGGCCACGGCCGCGGCAGCCAUGGACGCCGUGGAGGAGUGGGGGCUGAGGCCGCUGGCCGAGGUCGACCCGGAGGUGUACGACCUAAUCGAGCGCGAGAAGCGGCGGCAGCGCUCCGGCAUCGAGCUCAUCGCGUCGGAGAACUUCACCUCGCUCGCGGUCAUGGAGGCGCUGGGCUCCCCGCUCACCAACAAGUACUCGGAGGGCAUGCCGGGGGCGCGCUACUACGGCGGCAACGAGGUCAUCGACGAGGUCGAGGAGCUCUGCCGGGCCCGCGCGCUCGCCGCGUUCCACCUCGACCCGGACCGAUGGGGCGUCAACGUGCAGCCCUACUCGGGCUCCCCCGCCAACUUCGCGGCCUACACGGGGCUGCUCCAGCCGCACGACAGGCUCAUGGGGCUCGACCUGCCCUCCGGGGGCCACCUCACCCACGGGUACUACACGGCGGGCGGCAAGAAGAUUUCUGCAACCUCCAUCUACUUCCAGAGCCUGCCGUAUAAGGUGAGCUCCGACACCGGCUACGUCGACUACGACAGGCUGGAGGAGAAGGCCAUGGAUUUCCGCCCCAAGCUUAUCAUCUGCGGCGGUAGUGCGUACCCUCGGGAGUGGGAUUAUGCAAGGCUCAGGGCCAUCGCAGACAAGUGCGGGGCCAUGUUGCUCUGCGACAUGGCUCAUAUCAGUGGUCUUGUCGCUGCGCAGGAGGCUUUGAAUCCUUUUGAGUACUCCGAUGUGGUUACCACUACGACCCACAAGAGUCUUCGAGGACCAAGGUCUGGUAUGAUUUUCUACAGGAAGGGCCCAAAGCCUCCAAAAAAGGGCCAGCCUGAGGGUGCUCUGUAUGACUACGAGGACAAGAUCAACUUUGCUGUGUUCCCAUCACUCCAGGGGGGCCCUCACAAUCACCAGAUUGCUGCUCUAGCUGUAGCCUUGAAACAGGCCAUGUCACCUGGAUUCAAGGCCUAUAUCCAGCAGGUCAAGGCAAACACAGUUGCCCUUGGUAACCAUUUGAUGAGUAAGGGCUACAAGUUGGUUACUGAUGGAACAGAGAACCACCUUGUUCUCUGGGAUCUCCGUCCUCUUGGCUUGACUGGUAAUAAAGUUGAAUUGCUAUGUGACCUAUGCAACAUUACACUGAACAAAAAUGCUGUCUUUGGUGACAUCAGUGCAAUGACACCUGGCGGUGUUCGCAUUGGCACACCUGCUAUGACCUCAAGGGGUUUGGUUGAGAAGGACUUUGUGCAGAUUGCCGAGUACCUUCACCAAGCUGUGACCAUCUGCUUGAGCAUCCAGGAGGAGCAUGGCAAGAUUCUCAGGGACUUCAAAAAGGGCUUGGUGGAAAACAAGGACAUAGAGAACCUGAGGGCAGAGGUCGAGAAGUUCGCCACUUCGUUUGAGAUGCCUGGCUUCAGGGUGUCUGACAUGAAGUACACAGAUUAG